AUGGGGCGCCGGGCCUGGGUCCCCAGCCUCUGCCCCCCGCCCCGACUGUCGCUGCUGCUGCUGCUGCUGCUGCUGGCACCUCUCAGGGCCCAGCCCCAGGCCGGCAGGAACCACACGGAGCCCCGAGAACCUAACGCCACAGUGACCUCCAGGACACCCCCUGUUCCCGUGACCUCAGUGACCCCCACGGCCUCACCCACGAGCACUCCAGAGGCAGAGGGUCCCCGUGGGGGGGGGCUCACCUCCGCACCCAGGGCGGCCCCCUCCAGCAGCAGCCCGGCGGGCCCAGUGCUCACCGAGGACGGACAGCCCUGCCGGUUCCCCUUCCGCCUGGGCGGCCGCCUGCUCCAUUCCUGCACGUCGGAGGGAAGCGCCUACAGGAAGUGGUGUGCCACGACUCACAACUACGACCGCGACCGGGCCUGGGGCUACUGCGUGCAGGGCUCCGCGCCCCCGGAGCGCCCAGCAGCUCUGGAUCCCUGUGCCUCCAGCCCCUGCCUCAACGGGGGCUCCUGCACCAGCACCCAGGACCCCGGCUCCCACCACUGCACCUGCCCCAUGGCCUUCACCGGCAAGGACUGUGGGACGGAGAAGUGCUUCGACGAGACUCGCCAUGAGUACCUGGAGGAGGGCGACAGCUGGGCCCGGGUGCUCCAGGGCCGCGUGGAGCAGUGCCAGUGCGUGGGCGGCCGCAUCCGCUGCGAGGACACGCCCCACGCAGCUUGCCUGAGCAGCCCGUGCCUGAACGGGGGCACCUGCCACCUGGUUGUGGCCACCGGGACCACCGUCUGCGCCUGCGCCCCGGGCCACGCCGGGAGGCUCUGCAACAUCGCGCCCGCCCAGAGCUGCUUCGUGGGCAACGGCACGGAGUACCGGGGCGUGGCCAGCACAGCGGCCUCGGGCCUCAGCUGCCUGGCCUGGAACUCGGACCUGCUCUACCAGGAGCUGCACGUGGACACGGUGGACGCCGCGGCCCUGCUCGGCCUGGGCCCCCACGCCUACUGCCGGAACCCCGACAAGGACGAGAGGCCCUGGUGCUACGUGGUGAAGGAGCACACCCUCUCCUGGGAGUACUGCCGCCUGGCGGCCUGCGAAUCCCUCACCAGAACCCAGCGCCCACCGGACCUGGCGCUGCUGGCGCUGCCCGGCGCGGCCCCGGCCCCGGCCCCCGCCGCGCGCCCCACGUGCGGCCGGCGGCACCGGAAGAGGAGCUCCCUCCGGCCCCGCAUCAUCGGCGGCUCGUCCUCGCUGCCCGGCUCGCACCCCUGGCUGGCCGCCAUCUACAUCGGGGACAGCUUCUGCGCGGGCAGCCUGGUGCACACCUGCUGGGUGGUGUCAGCCGCCCACUGCUUCUCCCACAGCCCCCCAAGGGAGAGCGUCUCUGUGGUCCUGGGCCAGCACUUCUUCAACCUCACGACGGACGUGACCCAGGCAUUCCAAAUUGAGAAGUACAUCCCGUACCCGCUGUACUCGGUGUUCAACCCCAGCGACCAUGACCUUGUGCUGAUCCGGCUGAGGAAGAAGGGAGACCGCUGUGCGGUCCGCUCCCAGUUUGUCCAGCCCAUCUGCCUGCCGGAGCCCAGCAGCCCCUUCCCCGCCGGACACAAGUGCCAGAUCGCGGGCUGGGGCCACCAGGACGAGAACGUGAGCGGCUACUCCAGCUCCCUGCGGGAGGUGCUGGUGCCCCUGGUGGCCGACCACAAGUGCAGCAGCCCCGAGGUGUACGGGGCCGACAUCAGCCCCAACAUGCUGUGCGCCGGCUACUUUGACUGCAAGGCUGACGCCUGCCAGGGCGACUCGGGCGGCCCCCUGGUCUGUGAGAAGAACGGCGUGGCCUACCUGUACGGCAUCAUCAGCUGGGGCGACGGCUGCGGGCGCCUCCACAAGCCCGGCGUCUACACCCGCGUGGCCAACUACGUGGGCUGGAUCAACGACCGGAUCCGGCCCCCCAAGCGGCCCGCAGAUUCCUCCUGA